AUGGUGGGGUCUGGGAUCCCUGCUUUGGGCCUCUUCCUACUAAUGCAGGGCUCAGUAGAUGGGAAUGGAAUCCAGGGAUUCUUCUAUCCAUGGAGCUGUGAGGGAGAUGUCUGGGACCGGGAGAGCUGUGGGGGCCAGGUGGCAAUUGAGAACCCGAAUCUCUGUCUGCGUCUACGAUGCUGCUACCACGACGGGGUCUGCUACCACCAGCGGCCGGAUGAAAACAUGCAGAGGAAGCACAUGUGGGCACUCGGCUGGAUGUGCGGAGGCCUCCUCUUCCUGAUCUCCAGCAUCUGCCUGUUCUGGUGGGCCAAGCGACGGGAUAUGCUGUGGCUGCCGUGGUUCCUGAAGGGCAAGUGCAACCUGUCCCAGACCGUCUCUCUGUUACCCAAGGACCGGACACCGAGCGAAAAGAAGAUGGCGUCCAUUGGCAGCAUACCCACAGAGGGGGCCCUGGACGUCUCAGGGGGCACUGAUGAGGAAGGCACGGAAGGGGGCGAAGAAACGGAAGCAGGGGAGGAGGAAGAUUAGGGGCACCCCUGGAGGGAUCCCUCAAUACAGAUAUAGCACAGAGAUGCAUGGUCUCUUUUCUGAGAAGCAUGAAGCAG